UGUUUCUCUCUCUCUCUCUCUCUCUCGUGUCCCCUUGACUCAUAUCUCUCUCUCUCUCUCAGUCUCCAAUCCCUGCUACACCGCCUCAGUAGAAGGAGCCAGUGUGUGUGGGUGUGACUGCAGCAAGUGCAUCGACGACCGAGCCAGAUGGAAGGGGCGGCUGGGCUGCCGGUGUUGCUGCUGCUGCUGGCCAGGCUACUGGUGCCUACUGCGGGCGAGGCUCCCGCAGCGCCGCCGGGGACAGGGAUCCUCAACUGGGAUCGGAAAGAGUUGGCGCCUAAAGAAUGCUUCACCAUCCUGACCCACCAUAACCGUCUCAGGAGCAAAGUGCAGCCUCCUGCCGCUAACAUGCAGAAGCUGGAAUGGAGUGAGAAUCUUGCCCGACUGGCACAGCUGCGGGCAGCCAGUUGCCACAGGAAUCACCAGGAACCGUGGGCUCAGAGAGAAGAGGAGGAGGAGAUCGGCUGGAAUUACCAUUCCUCACCAGCUGGGAUGUUGUCUGUCUCUGAAAUCGUUGACCUGUGGUUUCGAGAGGCUCAGAAUUAUCACUACCACACGGGACAGUGCAAAUACAAUACCUCCUGCCAGCAUUACACUCAGCUUGUCUGGGCGACCACCAGCAAAGUGGGAUGUGGGAAGCACACGUGUUUUCAGGAUGGAGAAUGGAUGGACAUCGUUAUCUGUGCCUAUUCACCAGGUGGCAACUGGGAAAUCAAUGGAAGGACCAUCAUCCCUUAUAAGGAAGGGGCUUCAUGCUCCCUCUGCACCUCUCGCAUGUCAGGUUGCUUUAAAUCCUGGGAUCACCGUGGUGGACUGUGCGAGGUUCCCAGGAACCCGUGUCGGAUGAGCUGCAGUAAUAGAGGCCAGCUGAAUGUGAGCUCGUGUCGAUGUGAGUGUUUGCCAGGAUUCACUGGGAGGUACUGCCAAGUCAGGUGCAGUGUGCAGUGCAUUCACGGGAAGUAUAGAGAAGAAGAAUGCUCCUGCAUGUGCAAUGUCGGAUAUGGAGGAGCCCUGUGUGGGGAAAAGAUGGAGUUUCCAUUUCAUACCUGUGAUAUCCAGAUUGAUGGGGAUUGCUUUAUGGUCUCUCCUGAAGCCGACACAUACUACGGAGCCAAGAACAAAUGUCAGGAGCGAGGUGGGAUUUUAGCACAAAUUAAAAACCAGAAGGUGCAAGAUAUUUUGGCUUUUUACCUUAGCCAGUUAGAGACUACAAAUGAGGUGACUGACCCAGACUUUGAAACUCGCAACUUCUGGAUCGGCUUAACAUACAAAAUGUCGAGAGAUUCAUUCCGUUGGGACUCUGGGGAACUUCCCACUUUUUACAGUUUUGCUUUUGGACAGCCAGAUAAUCAGGGUUUUGGAAACUGUGUCGAGUUGCAAGUUUCAAGUGCUUUCAACUGGAAUGAUCAGCGUUGUAAGACGCGCAACAGAUACAUCUGCCAGUUCAGUGAGAAGCACGUUGCACAGUGGGCAUGAAUGGGGAUGUCAAUUAUGUUUCCACGGACAGAUGUGAAACAAGCGUCGAUUUGUAAAUGAACUGAACUAGCCACCGCAAUAGAUUAGGAUCGGGGAUCGUAGGCACUGAGUCCGAGCAAAGGCCAGGGUCAGUUUUGUGGCCAACCAGUACAGUUCUGGCCAUCCUGACAGUAGGAAAGUAGUGUGCCUUUGAAAUGAAAGUCCUUUGUUAUAACACAGAGACCCUGCAUUCAAACAACAAGGCAAAGAAAAAUUGUUCUCAAGGUCCUGGACUUCUGGACAUUAAGGGAAUUGGUUCAAAGGGUUUGGAGUCUUCUCCCUGGUGCUUCCACGACAAAGAAAUGUCAAAGGUCAUAGUACUGCUCACUCUGAGGAAUCCCUCACCACUCAAUGUUGGGUUGGGUGGUGGGGAGUUAGUGUUUUAUGAUUCCCUGCACGACAAGCCGCUGAACUGCUCAGACCCAUUCCCCCAGAGGGUGCAGCAAUGAAAACGGUUAAAUGUGCCAUGUUGGCAGGCAGAUAAGUUAUAAUUAUGUACCUUUCAGAUGACCUGCCUGCCUCCUCACUGCAUUGCUUUGUUCAAGGUGUGUGAAUGCAUUUGUGUGUACAUGUGUGGUAUGUGCAAUUGUGUGUUUGUGUGUGUGUACCUGUAUGUGCAUGUGAGUCAUUGUACAUGUGUCUGUGUGUGUAUAAGUGACUGUAUGUGUACGUGUGUGUGUGUGCUUUCACCUUCUGGCUGCAUUGUGAGUACAAUUACAGUUCUCAAUACUCUCACUUGGUGCUAAUAUAAAAAGGGUAGUGUUACCACUAAUUCAGAAGUCUGUAGCAACCUGCUGUUGAAUAAGCUGAACAAGACUCUAUGUAGUGUAACCAGCUGUAGUAAAACUGCCUGGUUAAAGAUCAAAUAAACAUGCUCAAAUGUUACCAACUAAUUAGCUCAACAUUAAAAGUAGGAUGAGUGACAUUCACAUCUGGAAGUCUCUGCCAAAAUGGAUGUCCUCUUUUUCCUGGGCCUCCCAGUGUGACAAACAGGAAGGUUUCACUAGGACCAACAUUAUCUGAGGUCAAUCCCAGCCAACUGGCCUUCUCAUCCAGGCUCCUUCUCCUCUCUCUCUCUCUCCAGAAUGGUACAUAAUUCCCUCUUAAAUCCACUUACAACCUCUAAAUAAUGAUGGAAAUGCUGAAAUUCCACUUCUGAUUACCUCAUCUUCCUUCGCCACAUUGAACCUUCUUUCGUUAACUCUUCUUCCCAAAUCUCUUUACGAUACAGACUACUAGCAAGUCCAAUUCCAGACCCACCAACACUGCACUCAUUAAUCUGUAUUGGCCCCUGAUGUCUCCUUCUAGCUGGGGAAUGUCAUAGAAUGAUGAUAGCAUGGAUGGCCAUUCAGCCCAUUUUGUCUGUGCCAACUCUAUGCAAGAUCAACUUGGCCCAUCCCAUUCCUUUGACCUUUCCACGUAGCCCUGUCACUUAAACUUCUUUCACGUGUUUAUUCAAGUCCAUUUCGAUACCACACCUCUACCACACUCUCAUGCAGAACAUUCCAAUGCACGAAAAAGUUUUUCUCAUGAAACCACUGGGCUCAUUUGCUGUUCAUCUUAUACCCUUUGGUUCUCAAACAUUCUGCCAACGAGAACAAUUUCUCCCCAUCU